ACAUUGCCCAUACUGAGAAAGUGUUUCAUCUAGGUUUCGAAAUAUAUAUUCAUGGAAAAUCUUGGAACAAUUCCCUCAUGUUCAUUUUAUGGGAGGAAGAAAUUCAAACUUCGACCUUCGCCUGAUAUUUCCGAUGGUUCUGGAAGUUCCGAUGAUGAGGAAAAUAUGACUCUCAAGCAAAUUCAAAACAAAAUUAGGCAAACUGUAACUGCAACUUCAGGAACUGAUAGUUCCGACGACGAGGAAAAUCUAACAUUGUUCCAAAUUCAAACCAAAAUGAAGCAAGUUAUGGAUCUCACUUCAGCAUAUAAUGAAUUAGAUGAGGAAGAUAUAUCUGGAAUUGAACAAAAUUUCGACGAAGAGGACGCAGAGAUACAGGAACCAACAGCAAAAAAAAUGAAAAGGGAGAAGAAAAAAAAAAGGACCAACUUUCAGCUGAAAAAAGGAAGAUAUAUGUAGAAUGAACAACACAUAUUUCGUUCCGGAUACAAAUGAAGAGAUACCAGCUCCAAUCGAGUAUUUCACCAAACUAUUCUCUUUUGACAUAAUGAAUGAUAUAAUCGACCAGACUAACCUAUAUAGUACACAACUAACUGAUAAAUCCAUAGACACCAAUGCCAAGGAAAUAAUCGAUUUUUUAUCCAUAUUAUUGUUGAUGGGAAUAAUAGAUCUUCCGUCUUUCGAAGACUAUUGAGCAAAUCACACCCGAAUUGAGCAGAUAGCAAGUUUGAUGUCAGCCAAACGUUUCAAGAA